AUGGACACGACGGAGCAGCCGACCCAGCGCCACAAUGACACCCGACGCACCCACCGCAAAUCAAGAAACGGCUGCCUCACGUGCAAGCAACGCCGCGUCAAAUGCGACGAGGGCCGUCCCAGAUGCUCCAAGUGCACAAUCGGUGACCGGCAAUGCUCGUAUCGGAAUCAGAAACCCGAGACUACGACAUCACGUGGCUCAGAAACCCCAGACACUGCGACCUUAACCUUGACCACGCCCCGUGGCUCAAAACCCCCCGAGCCACGGGCCAAGUCUGGGGCAUUCACUGCCAUGGAUCUAGGCUUCCUUCACCAUGCGGAAUGCAACCUGGCCGAGUUCAUGGCUCUUCAGUGCGAUGUGAGGCCAAUCAUUACGCUCGCCGUCGACAACGCCCUGACAGCACCCUAUCUCCUCGACCAGUUGCUUGCCCUCUCAGCCCUCCAUCAAUCAGUAUCUGAUCCCUCUAUGGCCUCAGUUUACGAUCAACAAGCUACAGAACUGCAGACACGCGCCCUGUCCACCUUCAACGAGACCAAGGCUGACAUCUCCGAGAGCAAUCACUUAACCUCAUUCAUCUUUGCAACCCUACUUGGCAUCCACGUGCUCCGCGAUACCCUUGCUAAGAACCACGACACACUCGUUGCCUUCAUCAGCGCCUUCGUGGCCUAUAUCCGCCUCCAUCGUGGAGUACGUGCCGUCACCAAUAAAUAUUGGGGAUCGAUCCUUCAGUCGGAGUUGAAGCCUCUACUGUACAUCGUCGACUGGACCGAAAGAGCCCACGAGCUCGAACCUGGAACCGACACGGCCGGGAUGCGAGACUUUCUACAAUCAGCCCCCGGUUUAUCAUCUGUAUCCCUGGAGGCUUGCCUGUCUGCCCUCAAAUGGGUUCAGUGGGUGCUGGACACGAUCAAGAUGGAACCCACGAGGUUCGACCUGGCCGUUCAUGCCACCAUGGCCUGGCCACUCCUAGUUCCGGACGAGUACGUCGACGCUCUCUACCAGCACCGCCCAGAAGCCUUUGCUGUACUCAGCUACUAUGCCGCUAUCGUUCAUCGGUACCGGGAGUUCUGGGUCUUUCGGGGUGCCGGGUUGACAUUGAUGGAACUAAUUGCGCGCCAUGUUGGUCCUUUUUGGUGCGAGGCUAUGUCUUGGCCACAAAGUCAGCUAGUAGAAGAAGAGUAG